GAACUAUAAAUGGCCGAUUGCGCCAGCCGUCAAAUUGACACAAAUUUUAAAUUUAAGACUUAAAUACAGGUUAAAAUCUAUAGCAACCAUCUUUGAUAAUGGCACAGCUUACAAUUAUUAAUAAUGGUCGCCACACAAUUUAAACUGAAAUCUAAAUCUUUACAUAAAUUUGAUAGUUUAGUUAAGUACUUCCCUCAAAAUUAUAAUAGCUUUGACACUACAACAAAUUAAUGUAAGUACCUAUACGUCAAUGCAAAAUAAUAAGAACAAGUCACUUUAACAUAAAUCACACACAAUGCAAUCACAAACGCAAACACCUAUAAAUUAUAGUUUUAUAGACUAAAAGACACGGUUUCGCGGGGUGAGUUUUUUUAAAGUGACAUCUACAGAAAAACGCUUGUAACUCCUUCUUUUCAUGACCACCAUAAAGAUUCGUAAAAUGGAUGUUCAUACUAAUACUCAGUAGAUGGCGCGUUUAAGUAUACCCGGAUCUUUAACUUAAGUAUAUUUUAAGUAUAUUUAUGUUACCCAUAAAAUGUAUUGUGGUUAGCAAUCUGUUGGGUAUUUUAUCUGCGGUGUUAGUAAACCACUAAAUGACAUCUAGCUAACAUACCGUACACUGUAUAAAACCAGUCCCUGUUUAUAACUGUUGCAAAGAUAUAAGCAAUUAAUUAAUUCCUUAUAUCAACAUAUUUGCAGUCAUAAAAUGAAGGAAAGGCCUGCAUGUUUUCAAAAAUUCUUAUUGGAGCUUUCUAAUCAAAUGUUUCAAUUUGAUCAAUAAGCUAGCUACAACCAAGCUUUAGAGACACAUCCCACAAACCAUGCAACUGUCUAUAGAACAUGAUAGAUAAAUACUGUGAAACAUUUUCAAAAAUAGUACUAGAAAUUGGACGAGAUCUGAUGUAACUUUCCCAUAAACCUAAUUAGACCUCACAGGCCAUUCAGAGGUGCUCAAAAUGUGCACAUUGUAAAGUUAGCCCUUAGAUUGAGAUUACCUUUCGUGUCUGAAAUUUGGCUCAUUUCUCCACUGGUUCCUACAAAAUUAUAUAGCUCAUCAACACUUUUGAACGUAUACAUACAUGGCUUCCUUCAUUUUAUGAAAAUCCUAUUUUCAAUGAGUUGAAGGGAGAUAACAUUCGAACUUGUACAUAUAAAACGCAGCUUUCUAACAUUCACAUGCAAAUUAACACACUAAUCGACAUCAAGGAUCGAAUUGUAUAGGGUGGUAUUUAAUGUUUGUUAUGUUAGGUUUGAACGCGAUAGUCUACCAAGAUGACGAUCCGACCAUUAGCAGUGCCACAAUUAUUGGAAUCGUCGUUGCUGCCAUCUUACUACUUCUCAUAUUAAUCGAUGUUCUGUGCUGCUGUACGAAUCAUGCCGGAAUCAUUGCGUUAAUUUACGAUCAAGUUCACUCGAAACCUGUCGAUGACGAAGACGCGAAACUUGGAAGUCUAUACAGUUGGCGAUUUCCGCUGCCUUAUUGCAGUUACAAAGCUGCUCCGGCACAUCCAAGCAGUCUCAACUUGCCGCAACCUAUCAAAUUGGCCCCUUCACCUAUGGAAGAAAAGCAGCCCUUGCGAACCGACCUUCAAGACCCAAUGAUUGUUAACGGCGUGGAUAAGUGCAAUAUGUCUGUGGAGUAUGACGGUAAACAAGUUUACACAAAGCCUGGAGAAAUUAUUGGUAAACAUUCAGUUGUUUAAAUUUCGUAAGGUACGAUUAAUGUUGUACAAAUUUUUAACUUUUUAACUUAACAUUCCCAUGACGACUUAAAUUAAUUUGUGUGCCAAAGCGUGUUUCAUAGUUAAGUUUCGUGUAAUAUUUUCUCAUUUGGAACACUCUGAUUUUAUGAUCGCAACUAUUAGAUUAAGAAUGGUUUAUGUACGUAGGACCGGGAAGGAAUAGUUCUUACUUUAUGACAGCUUUUGUGUAACUUACAUCCGAUUAUAGGUGUAAACAAAGCUUUUUACGCUUUGAUGUUGUAUAAAUGUUUCUUUUGUAAAGAAUUUAUAGUUAAAAGUUUAUGUAGAAUUAGUUAAAAGUAAUGUAAAAUUGCGAGUAUACUGAUAUUUUUAUAGAAUUUAAGAGCGAUUUUUAUUUUUUUAAUUGCACUAUCGAGCACCACACUUUUUGUAGUACAGUAAUACAAUGUAAGACUGAAUGAGGUACUUAACAUAUUUCUUUGCAUUUUAUUGUGAAAUUGCCAAAGUAUUAAAACACUAUUUAUACUAACUGUAGCUUUUUAUAUGGACAAAAUAAAGUGGUUCACAAUAAUAACUCUACUCGCCCCCUGUGGGUUCGGGGGUAGAAUUGGCCCACUCCCGUCCUGGAGAUCGUAAAAGGCGAUCAAUGGGCACUAGAGGCGACGAGUCCAACCGCCUUUUUUAUACUCCCAUCCAUUAUUACAUCCGUGUCAUUUUUUCUCCUAUAGUGAUGCUCAACCCUGGGAAGCAAGCCUUAAAAUGCUUGAGGAUGACUCAUUUUUCUGAUGUGUUUAUAGAUUUAAUCGGAGAAACUCUUAUUGUGGACUGAGGUAUCAAAUGGGUCCCAGUGCGAGUCAGAGUCAGUGUCCCUAAUAGAAUUUGUGCUAAUAGUUAAAAGAAUUGUAUACCCACUAUGUGCUAGGCGAUAAUAAAAAUUUGAAAAAAACAAAAGGGGGAUUUUUAUUGAAAUGGUAUCAGUAAACAAACUCUGCAUAAAUAUCUCGGUUGACCGAGGUACCCUAACUGUUCAUUCAUUCAUUUUCGUCAUUGUUCGUUCACGUUCACACAUCUAAUAGCUCAGGUUAUUCACUUUAUUAUUCAGUUUCUAAUUAUUUAUUUGUUAACGAACGAUCACCCUGCUUUUAUUCUUUUCUUUAGAGUUUAGAUUAUUAUACGAAUUUUUUUGUUUUGUUUUUAUGUAUUGUCAGGUAUGUUCAAUUGUAUUUAAUUCUUUUUCUUUUAAAUUAUAAUAUAAUGCUUGCACAUUCUCCAAUUAAGGCAUAUUGUCCUGUAACUGGAUAUGUAUAUGUAUUGCGCAAUAAAUUAUUAUUAUUAUUA